UUCAUGAGCAACAGCAAAAGUGCAGGCCCAUCAAAAGUCAUGGGCUCACUCUAUGCCAAGCUACAGUGGUUUAGGCGGGAAACCGUGAAAUUUUCAUUCGCUUCCCUCUUCCCUUGCAAACUGAGGGGGGAAAUGGCCAGAUGCGGAAGCCAAACGUUGAGGGACUGAAGAGCCGAGCCAAGCCGCUGCCUUCUCAUCGUUCUUUCUUCAUUCUUGGGGCGUCUCCAUCCAGUCUUCUCCGUCUCAGAGCUCGCGUGCGUCCCCUACUUCGUUGUGCUCUUGAAUCAGCAUUAGUCGCACCGCCGUGUACCUGAGCUCCAGAUUCGGUGGGAUUGAGCAUCGUACAAGUGGCCGUUGCCUCCAUUGCCAUUAAUUUCCACACAAGUGAUGCUUGCUUUGCCUCAUUCCCGUUUCGUGGGGUCUUAAGCCCUUCAAUUUGAUAUAGUGACUACUCUGUGUUCCCUCUACAAGUGCAAAAGCUUUGGAUAUCUGUCCAUGCCUCCUAGGAAGAAACCCAGCUCUUCUAAGAAAUCGAAUCUGAGCAGCCAGGCUCAGCCUUCUAAGUUCGGCAUUCAACAUUUUUUUGAGCGCCACACCCAGAAUGCUCUUGUGGCCUCUCAGAAGCAGCCAAAAAAUGAUCCAGCUGCGAACCGUCCCAUUUCUGCUCCCCAAGAUUCCAAGUCUGUUGCAUCUCCUAACUCUCAUAUUCCACCUGUUGCUGGGUCGCAAGCUGUCGCUCCAAACAAUUUAGAUUCCGUUCUUGCUAGAGCUGAAAGUAAAUUGAACUCAGACUUGGCUGGGCCAAAAAUUGAGAAUUCAGAAUCGCAAAAGCGUAAAGACACCCCGCAAGUUGGAGCAAAUGAAUACAAUAACGUUUCGCAGAAUACUCCUUCAGAGAAUUUGUUAAUACCAGGGUUUGAUGCUGUGGAAAAUCUCCCUGAGGCGUCUCCGGAAAUUUCCAAGAUUGUGCCUCAUAAGCGCUUUAAGUUCUCGCCUGGGAUGUUAAUAAAACAGAGCCAGGAUGAUGGGGUUGAUGAAGUCACAUGGAAGAUAUCUCCUGUGAAUGAAAGACUUCAAGCAGUUUCAAAACACAUGCCUCAGAUGAUUCAGGCUUUGGCUGAAUCUUCUAGAAUCAACUUAUUGCCCGUUGGGAUUUCCUCAGAGAAUCAGACUUCUCUGACUAAAGGUGGCAAAUUUGAAAAGAUACUUGCUUCACCAUCUACAAAGGCUGCUGAGAGGUCAACAGUGUUGAAGAAUGAAAAAGGCUUGAAACGUAUAAACGCAGACCAAGACAUGGUUUUUAACGUCAGUUCAACUGCUGUGAAUGGUUCUGGAGUAAUUACUGUACAGAGCCCCUUCCGAACUCCGCCAUCUCUAUCCUAUUGCUCUGAUAAGGUGCAGCUUGUCAGGGAUGUUGAGCACAAUGGACUAUCUGACCAGCUUUAUUUAAGACAGCAUAAAAAGGCAUUGCUUGAACUGUUAGAUCAAGUCGAAGAUGCCAUUUGUGUUGAAGAUGCUACAAUCUGUGAUAAAAGUGCAAAUUACAUUAAGUCUCAAGAUGGAAUUGCUGAUAAUCUGCCCAUCAGAGUUGACUCUGCAGCAGAAAGCACUAGAAUUCAUAAGCCCAAAGAGGCCCUUGGUGGGUCCAGUUCUAAUUAUUUGGUCUUGGAGGUAUCUGAAAAACAUAGUCUUGCUAAUUCAUCUGCUUUGCAAGGCCCAUACAAGGUGCUUCGUUUAAUAAAUGAACAAACUGGAGAAGAGAAGGCUGCAAACUUGUUGGAAGAGUGGUCUUACAGUGUUGUUGCACCUGGAGAUACUGUGAAUAUAAUUGGUCAAUUUGAUGAUUGGGGGCAUUGUGAUGUAGAUCAUGAUAAUAAUUUUUUGAUUGUACACCCAGAUAUUCUGGUGUCUGGGUCUCGGGUAGCUGCUAGUUUUACUUGUCCAAGGAGAACUGUCUUAGAUGAGAGGCUAAAAUGUAAUGAGCACUCAAUUGCUGCAUUAACUGGAACCUUACUUCACCAAAUUUUUCAGGCUGGACUUAUCAAGGAUAGUCCUUCAACAAACUUCUUAGAGGAAUAUGCACGAUUGGUACUCCAGAGAAACAUUGAAAGCUUGUAUGCAUGUGGAGUAAAUGAAAAUGAUGUGCACAAAACCUUGAUAGACGCCAUUCCACGAAUAUUAAAUUGGAUCAAACUGUUCAAGAAUUCAGAGGAAAAGAGAGAUGCUUAUGUUGAUUUUGGAUGUGAUGAUGGGAUAAAGAAAGUCAAAGUAUCGGAGGUGCUUGAUAUUGAGGAAAUGGCAUGGGCUCCUCAGUAUGGUUUGAAAGGGAAUGAUGCUUCUGUCAGUGUGAAAGUUUUACCUAAGGGAAAUGAAUCAGAUGAAAAGGUCAUGCCAUUAGAGUUCAAAACUGGGAAAGCAAUGUCUGGCCAGUCAUCUAUAGAACAUCGUGCCCAAGUGAUCUUGUACACUCUUCUGAUGUCAGAAAGGUACCUAAAGACUAUCGAUUCUGGUCUUCUAUAUUAUCUCCAGUCAGAUCAGACGGAGGUAAGGGUUAUUGUUGUUCAAAGAUCUGACUUAGUUGGGCUAAUCAUGCGACGUCGUAAUGAGCUUGCAAGUGAUAUUCUGAAAGCAUUAACCACUCAACAACUGCCUCCAAUGUUACAGAGUCUGAGCAUUUGCCGAGGUUGUCGCCAUCUUAAUGUUUGUAGCAUUUAUCACCAAGAUUCGGUGUGGCUGAAAAGGAAAAAGGAAAAAGAUCCACGGGUCGAUGAAAGACAAAUCCUAUCUGUGAUGCAAGUGGAAUGUGAAGGUGAAGGAGUUAGAGGUGACUGCCGCUAA